UUAUUUCCUCUAUAUGAAUGUGUACAAAGAGAAGGUCUUGAAACGAUCAAGAAAGUUAUGGCGUUUUUGAGUGGUGGAUUUGAUAUUAAGUCGAAACGUGAGUGUGAGGGAUUAGGGUUAGGGUUUGUUAGGUUUACUAGAGGAUUAGGGAGGAAAAGAAUUCUCAUUUCUAAAUCUAACUCAAAUUCUGAUCGAGCUCCGGCAUAUGAUUCGCCGCCGGUGAAGAGACCAAGUGAUGAAACGACGGAAUAUAAUAGGUCUCUGCUUGAAUCUCUGCAUCAAGAUAUUUUGAUUCGGGUACUUUGUCAUGUGGAUCACGAGGACCUAGCCACACUAAAACGUGUAUCUAAAACAAUAAGAAAAGCUGUAAUUGAAGCAAAGAAGUCGCAUUUUGAUUAUAGCACACCUAAAAAGAGAUUGCCUUUUCGAGACGCAAUACUAGUCCUUGAGGAAGAUUCGGAUUCGAGUAAUCAAGAUGAUGAAAUGGAGCCUCCGAAUGCACCAAUUCGAAGGAGGAUUAUUAGUCGUGAAUCGGAUUUGUCGAAGAUCUCUAUGAAUUUGGAAGGUUAAAUAUUAUUUGUGAAUACUUUAAUUUUUUGGCUUCUGAUCAGAGUAUCCUAAGUAUUGGUUUUGUCCUUUUCCACUAAAAACUAUUAAGAUUUUUUUUUAAUACUGCUAUUUCUUGACUUUCUUAUAUUUGCUGUUUUUUAUUAUAUUAUGCAAGUGAGCACAUUGAAUGAAUCUUGAAAUAUUGC